AAGUAAAUAUUUAAAGCAAAACGAGUCAAAAAGGCUAAAAUUCUGACCUUUGACACUCACCCGCCAAACUCAAUCAACCCAAGCUUACGGCAUACAGGGUGCCUGUAUCGGACUUGAGCAUGCGCAAAUCGCACUCACGGCGGAGGAACUCACUCAAUCGGAGUGCAAUGCAACAAUGCAACACCUACGCGGCACCGAAACACACCUGGGCAGUCGCCGGAGAGAAAGCGGGGCAGCAAGCGGAAAGGGCGAGGGGACAGAGAGAAAUAAGGAACAGUUGCAUAGAGACCUAAAAUCAGGAUAGGGCUAUUGUGUGGAGUCCGCCAUUGUUGGCCAGUGUAAUGACACACACCUGCACGAACGAGUGCCAUACGAGGAAACUGUUUCAAAUAUUUAUGAAUGAAUUUUUGUAUAGCAGAGCUCUGAAGAAAAAUGCCUUUUGAAUGCAAUACCAAAAAUCCAAUAAUAUGUUGUUCUCAAUUUGAUUGUUUUUGUUAUGAAAUGAUAGUAAAAAAUUAGAAAUAAUGACAAGAAUUAAUAUAGAACUGCCCACCGAAGCAUAGCCAAGGGUAAACAUCUAGUCUGAAAGUCCUUCACAAUGAACUCCCAGCCAAGGGGCUAACUAAUCACAGUGAAAAACCCGGCCAAUAUAAUGGCCGAAAAUAUUACGGUCGACCUCAUCCGAAGGGCGUUGAUGACCAUUGACCACUGGGGCUGGAGCAGGCAAUGAACCUUAAAGAGUGGAAACCACCAUCGAAGUCCGCACAUGACUGGGCCGCUUAGUCAACAUGUUUUAAGGUUAAUGACUGUGUUUACACAAAAAAAUUGGGAACCCCUGGGCAAAAAGUCAGUUAACUAAUUUAAAUUGAUAGCAAAAUGGUUAUGGGAAUAUGCUGGUGAGUAACACCAUCGGGCACUGUAAAAAACUGUUAUAGUUUCAUUUUUGUUUUAUUGUGUCCACCCCUGCUGGACACCUGAAUGGGUUCGAUACGCGAUUAUUUGGGGACUUCGAAAAAUUGCGUAUACGCCGCUUGGGUCACGCACGAACGAGCAAACCGAGCGGUGGCUGAUGGGCCACCGAUUAAGCUCCAUUAAAAAAACGUUUUAUGCGUUAUAAAUGACGAACACUGGGUGGCUAACUCUAUAAAAACAGUUUGCGGCGAGAUUUCGGCAUUCAGUCCACAUUCGAGGAUUAUCCACGACUAACAGGCCGCACAACGAUGUACACGAAACAGACAAGUAGCUACCUCCGGUUGACUUUGAUUCUGGCCGUAACGGUUUUGAGGGGCGCCGAGUGCCAGUACUACGGAUACCCUUACUACGGCGUGGGGACGGGAGCGGGGGCGGGGGCAGGAGCCGGCUCUGCAUACGGCAAUGUGUACGGCAACGGUAUCUACGGCUAUCCCAGCUACGGAGGCUAUCCAUACUACCAGUACCCCAGCUACAACCCCUACUCUAUGUACGGCGGAUACGGGCAGUACGGGUCCUACCCCUUCGGCGGAUACCCCUACGGAGGCAGUGGCAUCAACACGGCCUACGCCAGCAGCAGCGGAGGCUUCGCCACGGCCAGUGCGGGCGGAAACGGAUACUACGGCUAACCCCGCCAGAAGUGAUAUUCCAAACCUAAGCUAGUUGAACUAAACAUAAGAUUAGUUAAGUACUCCUACUAAACUAGUGUGCCAGCACAAAUAAAUAAUAAACACUG